AAACUGCAGCCAUAUCGUGGAUUCCAUCGCCAUAACGCAAAAGCAAUGGAUAUUGCAUCACAAGAGCAUAUCCGCACUAAUGCCAACAUUUGUCUUGAGACGUUCAGUCAUCUGUGUAAGCUGCAUGGCGAAGACUCGUGGUUUGAGGAUCAAAAGGCUCGCUGCAAGCUUUGGGCAGCUGACCUGGGUGUCUUUGCGCCAAUGAGGGUUUCUGCUGAUCACCGUUUGCGAGAGUAUCCAGUGAUCCGGCAGGUCAUCAAUCAGUUGCUGAGGGGAGUGGCUGCGAAUUUGGUUCAUCUGGCAAAACUAUCUUCAAGCGAGACUCUGUCGACUUCGAGUGAUCAGGGGCAAGAGGAAGAACAGCAAGAGAACCUGUCCGAUUCCUCGGGAUCAUCAUGCACCGUCCCGUCGCUGCCUUCCGAUACUAAUUAUGACAACGUCGACAGUGAUGCUAUAUCACUGUGCCGUCUAAGUGUUAAAGAUGCCAUCACACGGUUGUACACAAUAUCAACUUCAAUUCGUCAUUCUGGAUCUCGUUAUAGGGACCAGAGAGCGGAAGCAUUUGUCAAUGAGGACUCGGAAAGGCGAAGCCAAGCAGAAUCGUUUCUUGCAGUUUCGAAAGCUAUUUUAGAUUUCAAGUACCAAAAGGCCAGCGAGCAGCUCCGAGAGCGUACCGCAAAGACCAUUAUCCUACGACAGAAUCGAAUUUUCUACCGGCGAAGCCACAGAGAAAAACGUGCUGAGGUUGUUCCUCAUCUACCUGAGGAAUCGCCGAUAGUCAUCGAUUCUCACUCUGCAACUUCUGCAACGAAGACAAACCUACAUCUGCUAGAGCAUGAUCUAAAAUCAGGGACUGAAUACGCUUCACAGUCUACUGUCGGCUCAAGUACAGGGAGUUCCACAUUCGGAUCGACCGACUCACAUAUGCAGCCUUUGCAAUUUCCCCGUCCACCUAAUGUUAAACCGGGAGACCACUUCAGUUGCAAUUAUUGUUGCAAACUGUGCCCUGCCGAGGAGACUGGCGCAAAGCGUUGGCGCAAGCACAUAAUAAGAGAUCUGAUGCCAUAUUUUUGUGUUUUCGAAGAUUGUUCCACACCCGCUGAACUCUUUGACAACUUCAACGACUGGCUUUUGCACAUGCGUCAAGCACAUCAAAGAUCGAGCUGGGUCUGUUUCUCACCCGCUCAUGAGCCGAAAACUUUCAAUGCGGAAGAUUUGUAUGCCGGACAUUUGGAAAGUGAUCAUCCUGGUACCUUUUCCGGAGCAGAACUACCAACUUUAACGCGAAUGGCCAUGAGAUCAACUUUUCAUCUUUUCACAAAGUGUCCAUUCUGUCUCCAGCCGCCGAAAGGGUCAGACAGCCUGGGAGAGGGUCUUAUAACGAAUGAAGAAGAGUAUAGACUCCAGAAGCAUGUAGCAGACCACUUGAUAUCCUCGGCUUUGAUUUCUCUCAGGUGGGUUGAUGAUACGGACAAGACGCUGUUGGCAAGUUCCUCGUCAGCGGCGCACUCAAAACGCUCCACUAUCUCUGGACUUGGUUCUGAAUAUAGCCUUCCAUUUGAAGAUCCGCCAGGCCGUGGCAAUAGUGAGGAAGAUACGAGUUCUGGAUUGGUUGGAGAGGAGGGCUGGGGUUCCUAUGCCUUCGACACCCAAGACGUUACAAAAGGUCAGGAAAAUGAUUCUUCGAAUCCAAUACCGGAGACUCAGAAUUCUCAAAACGACAUACCGACACUUCAUGUCGACAACAUUGCCCUGAAUCUUGCUCAGGCCACGAUAGAUCCCAGUGCUGGGUCAUAUACACAGCAAAACCUCGGCCGGCAGAAUCUCAUCCGUACAAGAGAUCCCGACACUAGUAGAGAAGAGUUUGAUCCACAUUAUAAAGUCCAUGAUCCUUGGGCUUUCAGGUGGGGAAAGGUUUUCAAAGUCCUUUGGGCGGAGCCAAAGGAUGAAAAUGGUGAAGGAUCGGAUAGUGGUGGAUCAGUAACUGUAAGGAAAGACGCCCGUGGGGAGGAAAUUUUUGCCAAGGUCCGCCGUUUUGUUAUAAUAAAAGCUGCGGAAGGCCACUGUAUUUGUUUACCUAUCAACACUUACUCUGGUCAAGGCGUGAAUAAAAAAGGGGUACAUGCCGAUCACCAUGCUAUUAUUUAUAGCGGGAGAAGGCCGGUGGCUUUUAGGGGCGAAAAAGAAAAAGGACUAACUAUGAGGUCAAUCAAAGUUUCCCCAGACAACGCACGCCACAAGCUUGACGAUGCUUCUCGACUGAACUACGCCAAGACCUAUACUGUGGAAUAUAAUGUGAAAGUAUGGUUUAUAGGAAAAGUGUCUGCGGAUUCCGAGUGGCAAAUUCGGACUGACUUCAACCGAGUCCAUCCUCCAUUAGCAAUUAAAGGUGUAAAGCCCUCAGAUGAGCCAGAUAUAUUCAAUCACAAUUUUCCAGCAACCUAUGGGUCUUCAGACGGCUACGCUACCUACCAAAAGGCGUCACACACAACUUACGGCUAUUCGGCUGCCAACCCGUACACUUCGGCUGCCACGAACACGCAAGUUAGUCCAUCUGGGGUUUACGGCUCUUCUGCAGAAUUCUACGAUUCGGGUAAUAUUGCGCAAACUGGCGGGAAUGAGACAGCCCCUGGCGAGUGGCAUAGAGAGCCGUCUCUUGGCCCUAUGCCAGAGGAAGGCGAAUCACACGAAGAAGACCACGGUGAUAUAUACGAUGCAUAAUAGUUUAGAGAUCACGUGACUGUUCCUUUCUCGCUGUCAAGUGAAGCCUUUUAUCUAACCAGACACUAGACAAAAAAUAAUUCAUUGAAUUAAAUCACGU